AAAAGAAGAGGCCAAUGCACAACAGCUGCAUGCAGCCUAAUUUCGUUGCCUAAUUUUGCACAAAGAUCGCAAGCUAUUGUUGUUCGUAAGUCCAAGCCUUUCCAAGUAAAACGCUUUCGCAACUAAGGUCAAAGGAAUGAAAAUGUAAGGGAAGAAAAAAAUGAAGUUCCUUUCAAUUUUCCAGUUGGCGAUGGCGGCCAUCUUCCUCACGACUGGUAUGGUAGAUCGAUAUGAAGUGCGGUACUACACCAGCUUAACGUAUAUGCCAUGUUGGAUAUCUAGCCUGGUUCUCGUGACUGGCAUCAUGGGACUUGCUGUAACCUCCACCCCAGUCCCAUCGUCCAUUCUGAUUGAUGCCUUGUGGUCGGUUAGCGUGGCUUGCAUCGCACUAUCUGUGAUGGCGGUAUACAGCUAUCAUGAGGGUAUGAUCCUUCUUCUGACUUGCGCGUACCCACGGGACCUAUGUUAUUUCGUGGAAGAGGGGAUAACUAUCUCCCUAACUAAUGAAGAGAAGCUGAAGGUUGCCACGUCUUCUCUCCUCGUGAUUUUUUUCAUCAUGGAGAUCAUGGUUGGUGCUGCACUCGUCAGAGGCACAACCCUCGCAAGCCUCCAGCCCCCGCCAGACUACGAGCUGCACUGUUUUCAUCCACCCAGUGGAAGAUCAAAUACUCUUCAAUCUGAGUGCGAAUGUUAGUCCUCGCGCUUUCAUGUCUGUAACAUGAAACUUAAAUGAAAGAAAACCUCUGUCAUCAUACAUCUUUUAACAGCAACAGUAAUAAUAACAACGAUAAUAAUAACAAUAACAACAAUUGUAAUGAUAGGAAUGCAAUAAUGCAGUAAUAAUAAACUUUGUGUGCUUUAAUAAAUACAACUUUACACGA